AUGGGUUCAACCAUGUCAACACUUCUAGCCCCGACCGUUAUUUUCCUAGUGUUAACACCCCAAACACUAGGGACAGAUGGCACCGACUUCCCAAACAAUUUGUUCUCCGACCUAGCCCCACUACUAGCCCUCUUCGGAGAGCAAGUUACUAAACAAUUCUUGUCCCACUCGUUGACUUGGCUGGAGGAUGUGAUAUUCGUCAUGGCUCCUUUGGGCAUUAUAACGGCAAUAACAAGCGCAGUACGAGUCGGCGGGCCAAACUGGCUUAAGGCAGUUGUCGGAAGGGCUAGGGAGAGUAAGGCAGUCGCAGAGGUGGAGCUCAUGUCCUCUACCUCACACUAGGUGUGUGAACUUUGGAAUGGGGAGGCUAGUGUUCGGGUCAUGGGUUCUCCAAAGAUUGCUCAGAUUCUCUAUUUCGAAGAUGAGGCGGAUACGGCGGAUGGGAAGGGUGGGAAGAGUGGACCCAAGUUAUUCACAUUCAAGACGGCUAUAUAAAAUAAGAUCCUAAGAAACGAUAAAGAAAGGAGGAAGGAUCAUCCGCCCAAAGCGGAGGAGGCCGCACCCCCGGGGGCAAUGCGUGAAAAGGUGGUUCCACUGGACACGCUUAUUCCACUUAUAUCCCUCUUUAGAAGCCCCUUCGCACACCCAGUCCCAGCGAGCGCGGAUGCCGAACUCGCCAUUCCCGCAAGGGAGCGCAAGUCUAGAAGAAGGAACCACAAGGAACCACCGACUCCCACCACUCCGUCGAGACAUAAUACUCCCACCAGGGCCUCAAACAUAUCCUUGAACUUCUGUAAAGCCAAGAAUCUGGGAGAGCUAUGGCUAUUUGCUAUUCUAGGCAUUAUUCUCCAGUUCAGUUCUUUGAUCUUUAUUGGAGUCUCCCGCUACCACCCCAAGAUAAAUCCGAAGGAGGACGAAAAUUCGAAAUACGCCUACCCCCUUAUGGCAUCCGGGACCCCGAUUUUAGUCAUAGGGAUGAUGGCAUGUUUGCACGUAGUGAAGGCCUCAUCCGAAGAGAACACAUGGGUGGCUGACAGUGACUUUAAGAUUUUAUGGUUGCAAAAGAGUGCACGGGUCAAUGAUCAGCUCUUCGAUUCAUAUGCACUAUUUGGAGAUGGGAGACGCAAGAAGCACAUCACAACUCGCCGUAGGCCUUGCACAUCGCCCUCGGGGAGUUCAAGACGUACCAAGUAUGAAGUUUAUUUGACUUGCUCACUUGGUAAUCUUGCCAUUGUUGGAUCUUUCAUCAGUAUCGCUGGUUUUGUCACCCAGUUUGUUGGAAUCCGCUCUCUUCACUAGUCCGGGACUCCAUCUCGCAGUUGGCUAUAAUGGUACGGCCGUGAGAACCUAGAUUCGCCGAAAUAUGUCUAAACGACCGCGAGCCAUGAGGCUACCCGUUGGGGACGAGCUCGACUGGUUAGCAGUGAAGUUUGGGAAAUCCCCUUGGGGGCUAUGGGGGGCGGGAGAACCCAACCCCGACCGCAAUAGCCUAGAAGGUGAUCGCAAUAGCGAUGUUAUCCAGGAGAUGGUUACCCUUCAAAGGUAUCUCGGUUAUGAG